AUCCACAAUAAACAAUGUUGGCUCAAACAACCUCUAUAGCUUCAUUUUUAUAAGAAAGGCAUAUCCCAUAUUAUGUAACUCAACUAUCCAUUAACGUUGUCUAUCAAACAAAACAAGCAAUGGAUUCAGAUCAAGAACUCGCAUACGACUAUUCUCCCAGGUUCCGUGUCUACAAGAACGGCACAAUCCAACGCCUCGCCACCGAAACCUUCGUCCCACCUUCACUACUAACCCCUCAAAACGGCGUCGUUUCCAAAGACGCCGUCUACUCACCGGAGAAAAACCUCUCUCUCCGUAUCUACCUCCCUCACCAAGCCCUCGAGUCAGUUGACGAGAACAUAAACAAGAAGCUCCCACUCCUCAUCUACUUCCACGGUGGAGCCUUCAUCAUGGAAACCCCCUUCUCUCCUGCUUACAACACUUUCCUCACGUCAACCGUUUCAGCCGCCGGCUGCAUCGCCGUCUCGGUUGAUUACCGCCGUGCGCCCGAGCAUCCCAUCCCCAUCCCGUACGAAGACUCCUGGGACGCGGUCAGAUGGGUGUUCACUCAUAUCGCCGGCUCUGGUCCGGAUGAUUGGGUGAACGCUCACGCCGACUUCGGGAGAGUGUUCUUCGCCGGAGACAGCGCCGGAGCAAACAUCGCUCAUCAUACGGUGACCAGAGCCGGUAAAAAAGAGAACGGGAGUUUCGGAGUCUCGGGGAUGGCUCUGUUUCAUCCGUUUUUCUUGUCGGAAGCCAUCCUCGAGGAGCAGGAAGACGGGGUGAGGAGAUAUAUGGAAGGGAUAUGGGAGAUCGCGUGUCCGGAUAGCGAGAAGGGAGUGGAGGAUCCGUGGAUCAACGUGGUCGGGUCGGAUCUAUCUGGAUUGGGGUGCGGGCGGGUUUUGGUGAUGUUGGCGGGAAAGGAUGUACUUGGUAGGGAAGGUAGGGUUUACGUGGAGAAGCUUGAGGAGAGUGGAUGGGGAGGUGGAGUUGAAGUGGUGGAGACUAAGGACGAAGAUCAUGUCUUCCAUAUAAGGAAUCCUGAUUCUGUUAAUGCUCGUUUGCUUGUUCAGAGAUUUGCAGAGUUUUUGAGAUACGUUUGAAAAAAGAUAACGAGUAUAGUUGUUGCUUGUAAAGCAAGCAUAGUUCAAAUGGGUUUUUGUUGUUACAAUGGUAAUCUACUCUCAGAUUACA